CUGAAGAUCUACACUUCAAGGAAGAAGGAAACAACUCUGUGUUGGCCAGCAAACAUCCAAGCUCUCAUGGAUUCUGAGAACUCUGUUGCUGACCAGUAGCUGGAGAAGUGGGAUGUUUACGUGGAAGUGUCUUAUUUUGGGGGCUGUGCUGGUCAUAGCCACGCUGUCCACUGCAAGACCAGCGCAAACCCUGCCAGAGCAAGUUCUCCCCCAAACAAGCCUUGAAGUGGAGUCUUACUCGGCUCACCCUGGAGACCUCCUCCAGUUGCGCUGCCGGCUACGGGACGAUGUUCAGAGCAUCAACUGGGUACGAGAUGGGGUGCAACUAUCCGAGAACAACCGGACGCGCAUCACAGGAGAGGAGGUAGAGGUCAGGGACGCUGUGCCUGAGGACUCGGGUCUUUACGCCUGCAUGACCAACAGCCCCUCAGGAAGUGAGACCACCUAUUUCUCCGUGAACGUCUCAGAUGCUCUUCCCUCUGCAGAAGAUGACGAUGAUGACGAUGACUCUUCUUCGGAAGAAAAGGAGGCAGACAACUCCAAGCCGAACCAAGUCAUCCCACCUUACUGGACCUACCCAGAGAAAAUGGAGAAGAAACUCCAUGCAGUUCCUGCUGCCAAAACCGUGAAGUUCAGAUGUCCCUCUAGUGGGACUCCUACCCCUUCCCUGCGUUGGCUGAAGAACGGUAGGGAAUUCAGACCUGAUCAUCGCAUUGGUGGAUACAAGGUUCGCCAUCAAACUUGGAGCAUUAUCAUGGAUUCUGUGGUCCCAUCAGAUAAAGGCAACUACACUUGCAUUGUGGAGAAUAAGUAUGGAACCAUCAAUCACACCUACCACCUUGAUGUUGUUGAAAGAUCUCCUCACCGGCCUAUCCUACAAGCUGGGCUCCCAGCUAACAAGACAGUCUCAUUAGGUAGCAAUGUGGAAUUUGUCUGCAAGGUCUAUAGUGACCCUCAGCCCCACAUCCAAUGGCUGAAGCACAUUGAGGUCAAUGGAAGCAAGAUUGGACCAAAUAACUUGCCUUUUGUUCAAGUCUUGAAGACAGCUGGUGUUAACACAACUGACAAAGAAAUGGAAGUCCUUCACUUAAGGAAUGUCUCCUUUGAGGAUGCUGGGCAGUAUACUUGUUUGGCGGGUAAUUCUAUUGGGAUCUCCCAUCACUCUGCAUGGUUGACGGUUCUAGAAGCUAUAGAAGACAAACCAGCUAUGAUGAGCUCCUCUUUGUACCUGGAGAUCAUCAUUUACUGCACAGGGGGUUUCCUCAUCUCCUGCAUGAUCGUGAGCGUCCUCUUUUACAAGAUGAAGAGCACUACCAAGAAGACCGAUUUCAACAGCCAGAUGGCUGUCCAUAAACUGGCCAAGAGCAUCCCUUUGCGCAGACAGGUAACAGUCUCGGCUGAUUCCAGUUCCUCCAUGAACUCGGGUGUGAUGCUUGUGCGUCCCUCAAGGCUCUCCUCCAGUGGGACCCCAAUGCUGACCGGGGUCUCGGAAUACGAGCUUCCAGAGGACCCUCGCUGGGAAUUGCCCAGGGACAGGCUGAUUCUAGGAAAACCCCUGGGAGAAGGUUGCUUUGGACAAGUGGUACUGGCUGAAGCAAUAGGCUUGGAUAAAGACAAGCCAAAUCGAGUUACUAAAGUGGCUGUCAAAAUGUUAAAAUCUGAUGCCACUGAAAAAGACCUGUCUGACUUGAUCUCGGAGAUGGAGAUGAUGAAGAUGAUUGGAAAACACAAGAACAUCAUCAACCUCCUUGGAGCAUGUACUCAAGACGGCCCGCUCUAUGUGAUAGUAGAGUAUGCAUCCAAGGGGAACCUAAGGGAAUACCUGCAAGCCCGCCGCCCUCCUGGCAUGGAAUAUUGCUAUAACCCCACCCACGUCCCAGAAGAACAGCUCUCUUUCAAAGACCUGGUAUCCUGUGCAUACCAGGUGGCCAGGGGCAUGGAAUACCUUGCAUCUAAAAAGUGUAUUCACCGAGAUUUGGCCGCCAGGAAUGUGCUGGUAACAGAAGACAUUGUGAUGAAGAUUGCUGAUUUUGGCCUUGCGCGAGACAUUCAUCACAUAGAUUAUUACAAAAAGACAACCAAUGGUCGUCUUCCAGUCAAAUGGAUGGCCCCAGAAGCCUUGUUCGAUAGAAUAUACACCCACCAGAGUGACGUGUGGUCCUUUGGUGUCCUCUUGUGGGAGAUCUUCACCCUGGGGGGCUCUCCGUACCCAGGAGUGCCGGUGGAGGAGCUGUUCAAACUGCUGAAAGAAGGGCAUCGGAUGGACAAACCCAGCAAUUGCACCAAUGAACUGUACAUGAUGAUGCGGGAUUGCUGGCACGCUGUUCCAUCCCAACGGCCGACAUUUAAGCAGCUGGUCGAAGACUUAGAUAGGAUUGUGGCCAUGACCUCAAACCAGGAAUACCUGGACCUUUCUCUCCCACUGGACCAGUAUUCUCCCAGUUUUCCAGACACUCGCAGUUCCACCUGCUCAUCUGGAGAGGACUCCGUUUUCUCCCAUGAUCCCCUCCCUGACGAACCUUGUCUUCCCAAGCAUCCACCUCACCUUGCCAACGGUGGGCUCAAAAGGCGCUGAUGCCGCCAGCAUCUGGGGGACCCUUCUGUGCGUACGAGUGUGGAGCGUGGGUGUCCGCGAAUGAACGGGUGUGCGUAUGUGUGCACAGUCUCCCUCCAGCUGGGCUGGAGGGGGAAGGACCACCGGAGGAACAGUGAAAAAAAACGUCCAUUCCAAGCAACCCAGCCUACUCAUCAUAAUCACCUUCUUCUUCUUCUUCAGUACACUUCCAUCUCUUGCAAGCCUUAAGCCUUCUGAAGAGCUGCUCAUACCUUGUGAUCUGGAGUGGGAAGCAGGGUCUUAAACAGCAGCAGAAAGGAGAUUCUGGAGCAGAGGGGUGAAGAACAUUCCCGUGAAGGGUGGAAGUCCUUUCUUUUUCCCGUUCAUAAACCCAAGCUCUGCUGCAACCUGUGAGAACUCAGAAAGCAAAAAUCAAAGCUGCCAUGCAUGAGAUGCUACCUGGGGGGGGAAACAUCUUCAGCCUCCCCUGUUCGAGGCUCUGUUGCUGUCUCAUCCACAAGUGGAGUCCACUCCCACGAUAACCUCCUAAUUCUGGGAGCUAUGCAGCCCAACAUUCUGCAGGUUGAACAGAGAGGUGCCUGUUCCUGAGGUGUCUUACGAAAGCACCGUCCACUGGUACUUGGUUGACCAAACCUGAAAGUGAUCUUACCACAUCAUACAUCCAUCAUACACAGCUCUCUGGCCUAAAAUUUAAAGGAGGCAGCCCCAAGGAUCCCAGGGCUUGGACAUUUUCAGACAAAACCAAGGAAAUUAAGAGAAAACUUUUGUACAUAGCUGCCACAAAAUGUAUAAAUAUUAAUUAUAUAUUUACAUGGUCAUUUUUUUUAAUGGUGGUUACCAGAGAGAAUAUCACCUUGAUAGUCAGUUUACUAGUGACUGGUAGGUAUCAGUUGCUAUAAAAGAAAACCCCCAAACAAAUCAUAUAUUUUGCUACUUCUGCUGGUUUUGCUUUUUGUUUUGUUUUAUUUUUAUUUUAAAUUAUGUUCUAAAACUUUUUAUUUUCAGUUUAGGUACUUCAAUAAAGAUUGCUGCUUCGGUUUUAUAUGGGAUUAUAUCAAACGGGCGAGUUUGUGGGUAAUCAAGAUUUUGGGGGGAGGGAUUUGAAACCUUCCCCAUCUCCUGUAUGUACCUGCUCACCUGUGCUUCAGGCCCCUCUAGAACCAGAGUCCCUGUCCCUAAAUCCCUUUGCUCACUCCCGUGCUGUUAAGAUAGAGCGAGGGUCUUCAAACUUGGCAAGUUUAAGACUUGUGGACGUCAACUCCCAAAAUUCCUGAGCUGACAUGACUGGAGGAAGAAUUCUGGGAGUUGACGUCCACAAGUCUUAAAGCUGUCGAGUUUGAAGACCCCUGAGAUAGAGUGAUGCCAUCCAUCAUGUUAGGCCUGAAGGUUCCUAACUUAGUAAAUUUUAACAAGACUAGGUGCUGGUCUUUACCAAUGGCCCAUCUCCCAUUUUCAUACUGAGGGAACCAAGUUUUGUCCAGACAACACAUGGACAAAUUCUCCCAGCAGAUUGUGCUAGAUUGGCAGCUUUGACUAAGCACAGAACAUCCUCAAUGUACGACCACUAUGGAAUCCAACAUCUCCAUUGCUAUCUAAGACAGUUGUUAAGUGAGGUUUGUCCCCCAUUAUAGGACCUUUCUUUGCCCAGCUGUUAAGAGAAUAAUUGCAGUUAAGUUAGUAGCGCAGUUGUGAAGUUGAUCCAGC